AUGGCCAAGCGCAGAUCUAGCGCCCAAAAGGCACACAUAAAAAAUCUUGCCACAACUCGGAAAGGCCAUGCGGCGUCGGCUACGCUGCCCAGCUCCGCGUCGAAAACUGGCCAACAAAUCGAAAAACAGAGGCUCGAAGAUUUGGUUUCUGACCAGGCUCUCAGGAUGCAAUUUCUUGAGGCGGCCUUAGAAGAUGCCGAGACAAGAUCUACCCAAUUUGCCGAAGAACUCCAGGAGUGCAGUGACAUCAACACGGAAUUGCACUCAAAACUCAAUUCUCGCGACGCCGCCAUUCAGAGUCUUGAGGAACGACUUUCGGGAACCAUUCUCGAGCUUCGAAAGGCCAGAAAGCGCACGGUUCGGCUCACGCGGAAGCGCCGUCAAGCCCAAGAGAAACAUGCCUUUCGGGUUCGUGACCUUGUCGCUGAGGGCAACAGUUUGCGGCAGGAGCUGCUGCUUCAAACGCGCGAGCACGAGAAAGUUGUCCAAGAACUCCGGCUUACUGUCAAAAAGCUGGAAUCGAAUUUGCGUCACGGUACGAAGGCCCUCACUACUACGCGGCUAUUUGAAGACGCUCAUCGCCUCGAUAUGCAUUCAUAG